GACUCACUAAAAAUCCUCUUUUCUUUUUUAUAUUGAUAACAUCUCAUCAUUGGGAUAAGCCAAAAUGGGAGUCCUUUCUUCUCAUAGAAUACAACUAUUAUUAUUUCCCAUUGUUGUGUUGCUUUGGUCAGCUUCAGCUGCAAAUUCAGCUAACAACACUUUUCUUCAUUGCCUCGUGAACCAUUCUGAGCCUUCUCACCCCAUAACUUCAGCAAUUUUCACACCAAACAACACCUCAUUCUCUUCAGUAUUGGAAGCCUACAUUAGAAACCUUCGUUUCAACACCUCCACAACCCGUAAGCCAUUCCUCAUAAUAACUGCACUUCAUGUAUCCCACAUACAAGCAUCCAUUAUUUGUGCUCAAAAACACAACUUGCAAAUGAAAAUCCGAAGUGGUGGCCAUGACUAUGAGGGUGUGUCUUACGUGGCAGAGGUUCCAUUCUUCAUCCUUGACAUGUUCAAUCUAAGAACCAUUGAGGUUGACAUAGGCACUGAAACCGCUUGGGUCCAAGCUGGUGCAACACUUGGUGAAGUUUAUUAUAGAAUUGCUGAGAAGAGUAAAACCCAUGCUUUCCCAGCAGGGGUUUGUCACACAGUUGGGGUGGGAGGACACAUAAGUGGUGGUGGCUAUGGCAACAUGAUGAGAAAAUAUGGUCUCUCAGUGGAUAAUGUUAUUGAUGCACAAAUGGUUGAUGUUCAAGGUAGAUUGCUUGAUAGAAAAUCCAUGGGUGAAGAUCUCUUUUGGGCCAUCACAGGUGGUGGUGGAGCUAGCUUUGGUGUUGUUCUUGCCUACAAAAUAAAGCUAGUUCGAGUUCCAGAAAUUGUCACUGUUUUCCAAGUUGGGAGAACCUUAGAGCAAAAUGCCACUGAUAUAGUUUACAAUUGGCAGCAUGUUGCACCAACUAUCGACAACGAUCUUUUCCUUAGGGUUAUCUUGGACGUUGUGAACGGUACACGAAAUGGAACAAAGACUGUAAGAGCUAGGUUCAUAGCUCUAUUCCUUGGUGACUCCAAAAGCCUUGUUUCUCUCUUGAAUGACAAGUUUCCUCAAUUGGGUUUGAAGCAAUCUGAUUGCAUCGAAACGAGCUGGCUUCGAUCUGUGCUGUUUUGGGACAACAUAGACAUUGCAUCCUCACUUGACAUUUUGCUUGAGAGACAACCACGAUCACUCAACUACUUGAAAAGGAAAUCUGACUAUGUGAAGAAACCGAUUUCCAUAGAGGGUUUUGAAGGGAUUUGGAAGAAGAUGAUUGAGUUGGAGGAUACACUAUUUCAAUUCAAUCCUUAUGGCGGAAGAAUGGCUGAGAUUCCUUCAACAGCAUCUCCUUUCCCUCAUCGAGCUGGGAACCUAUGGAAGAUCCAAUACCAAGCGAAUUGGAAUAAGCCAGGGAAAGAGGUAGCAGAUCACUACAUAAACUUGACAAGAAAACUUCACAAGUUCAUGACUCCUUUUGUCUCCAAGAACCCUAGAGAGGCUUUCUACAAUUAUAAGGACCUUGACUUGGGGAUUAACCACAAUGGUAAAAACAGCUACGCUGAAGGGAGAGUUUAUGGAGUGGAGUAUUUCAAGGAUAACUUCGACAGGUUGGUUCAAAUAAAGACCAAGGUUGAUCCCCAUAAUUUCUUUAGGAACGAACAAAGCAUCCCUACGCUGUCAUAUAGGAAGGGUUAGAAUAAUGGUGACUAAUAUUUUCUUUUUCUUUUUUGUAUUCAAAGAUUAGUUUUUUCUAUGGUUUGUUGUUGCUUUGUUUGUCUGUAAUAAAUUGGAUUGUGGAAAUAAAUAACUUGGUGUUAAAGCUUGUUA